CAAACACACACACACACACUCUCACCCUCACUCACACACAAAUGUAUACAUAGAGAGAUUCAUGUAUGCAAAAUGACACAUACAUCACCUUAAUAAGGUGUAAUGGUUGAAUCAGUUUUCAGUGCGCUUGUGAGACGUGCUGUGCCUGUGUACACUCAUCUCUCACUUCUAAUGGAAUACAUACACACACACACAGGGAGUGCAUGCAGUCAAUGUAGUCUCUGACACAGUCUGUCCUAUGGGACCCUAACACCGUGAGUGGAAAAGUGUGUGUGUGUGUGUGUGUGUGUGUGUGUGUGUGUGUGUGUGUGUGUGUGUGUGUGUGAGACUUUAAGAUGUGACUCCACUGCAUGGUAAAUAUUUGCCUGGCAAACAUUUAGAUAGGAGAGGCUCGGUAAAGGCAGAGUUGCGAGAUGAAAAUGUUUGUUUUUCUGUUGACGCUGAUGUCAGCACAUUGCCAGCCCAUUGAAUCACAUUUUUUUUUUUUUUUAGGGAUGAACGGCAGGGGGAAGGUGGCAGCGUUAUUCACGAUUCAGCCUCCUAACUGUUCUAGAACUCUCCACCCCUGGCCAAAGAAAUUGCCGGGUCACUGUUUGAUAAUAGAGUGUAGAAACACAGAGGCAACAUUAUGUCACUGUUUGCCUUUGCAUGUAUUUGCAGAGCGAUGUGUGUCAUGUGUGUGUGUGUGUGUAUACAUCUGGUGUAGUCUUAUGUGUGUUUGUGCAUUAGUGUUAUGUCUAGGUGUAUAAUAUCCUUGUGCAUUUGUCUGUUCUAUGCCUCUGUUUAUUUUAAGUGUGUGUAGGUGUGUAAAUGUGAAUGUGUAGGUGUCUGCGUAGGUGAAGGUAUGUACUGUGUGUGUGUGUGUGUGUGUGUGUGUGUGUGUGUAUGUGUCUUUGGGUACUCAAAGGCAGUGUGGGCUCCUGUUCUGUGGUCCUUGGAAAGGGGACAGACGAGAGCGAGAGAGCGAGCGGGCGGGUGCCAAAGGUGUGUGUAAAACACGCCGUGUCCUUCUCUGCCUCAUUUACCCAGCAGCCCACCUGAAUAUUCAUGAGGUUUCAUCACAGCCUCACCCAACCUGAAAGAUAAUAUAAAAAAACCACCACCAAAUAAGUAAAUAAUAAAUAAAUACAAAAAACAAAUAAGUAAAUAAAAAAAAGAAAUGCAUAAAUAAACAAAGUGGCAGCUCUUGAACAGAAGUGCGGUGGGAUCGACAAUGACACGACACUUCCACAACACACACACACCAUCGAGCAUCUCCUCAAGACGGGCGGUGUUUGAGCACUCGCUCUUGAAAGGAAGCGGCAGAUGUGCGGCGGGUCUGUCUUUUGUCGCCGACACCUGUCCCUGGUUAGGCUCGCUGUGCGGUGGGGCUGUGUGUUCACACUGACAGGAGACGCGGAGAGAGAGACAGCCAGAGAGAAAGAGAGCCAGAGAGAGAGAGCCAGAGAAAGAGAGAGGGGGGGGGGGUUGAAGGAGGGGUGGAGGGAGACAGAGCGAGGGGAUGUGAAGAACAAGAGAGACGCGAGAAGAAAGGAGAGCUGACGCGGACUCUGAAGAAAACAAACGAGCUGGAGUAGGCCAGAAGAAGAGCGGUACUGUUUCGGAGGGUUUAGAAAAGAAAAUAACCGAAUGAAAGGCAGCGAGCAGAAGCAGUAAAAGUAGUAGAGAUCAGGAAAGUGGAAUCCCUGCUGUGACAAGCAGUCAAGGCUUUCUUUUUUUUAAAGAGAACUUCUCCCCAACACCUCAGGGAAGCUCCGGAAGGUUCUCUCUGCUCCAUAGGGGACCCCCUGUCCUACCCCCUCCAUGACUCAGCCUCGUGUCUGCAGUCUCUAAAGGUUUUUUUUAUUUUUUAACCAGAGGAAGAGCAGCCUUUUGACAGCUUCUCCUCUCCUCUCCUCCCUUUAAAGCUGCUGAACAGAAUGUGAAAAAUGCUGUCUAGCAGAUAGGACAAAGUGGACAGCUACAGGAAGUAUGACUGACUUGUUUGCUGUUCAUGAUGCGUGAACAGGGGACCCAGAGCGAUGUAAACGAGGCUCUGCAGAGCCCAGAAGACAAGAGCAUCCACAGAGCACGUGCAAGUUGAAUGGCCCUCAGGUAGAGGCCAUAGAGGGACAAUCACGAUGAACUCGAUCCCGUCCAUGGACAGGCACAUCCAGCAGACCAACGACAGGCUGGUGUGCAUCAAACAGCACUUACAGAACCAUGCGAAUUUCCACACCGCGGCCACUGAGCUUCUGGACUGGUGUGGCGAUCCCCGGGCCUUCCAGCGACCCUUCGAGCAAAGCCUCAUGGGAUGCCUAACGGUGGUUAGCCGCGUUGCUGCGCAGCAGGGUUUCGACCUGGACCUGGGCUACCGGAUCCUGGCCGUCUGUGCAGCCAACCGGGACAAGUUCACACCCAAAUCAGCAGCGCUGCUGUCUUCCUGGUGUGAGGAGCUGGGUCGUCUGCUCUUGCUCCGGCACCAGAAGUCUCGGCAGGGCGAGCCGCAGGGGAAGGUGCCCAUGCAGCCGCCCAUGGGCCCCAUGAAGCCCGGCCUGUCUCACGGCGACGGGUCAUUUCCGUACGACCAAGUCGCCUGGCAACAAAACACCAAUCAGCCUCCCGGCUCACUGUCUGUGGUGACCACCGUCUGGGGUGUGACCAACACGUCACAAAGUCAGGUUUUGGGGAACCCCAUGGUAAGCAGCAACAACCACAUGAACCCCAGCGGCAACCACAUGGCGUCGGCCAUGGCAGGGGGCAACCCCGGCAUGAACUCGCCCCAGUUUCCCGGCCAGCAGCAGCAGUUCCCAGGCAAGGGCAACGGCAACCAGGCCUACAUGCAGCAGAACAUGUACGGCCGGCCCAACUACCCCGGGGGCGGGGGCUACGGAGGCAGUUACCCCGGAGGACCCAACAAUCCCGGAGGUAUGGGAAUGCCUCCCCACUCCCGCAACCCCGCCGACUUCACCCAACCCGCUGCUGCCGCCGCCGCCGCCGCUGUUGCAGCCGCUGCUGCCACGGCAACCGCCACCGCCACGGCAACAGUUGCUGCCCUUCAGGAGACCCAGAACAAGGACAUGAACCAAUAUGGACAGAUGUGUUCCUCUUUCCAGAUGGGGCCCAACCAGGCGUACGGGGGCCAGUUCAUGAACCAGCCGGGGGGCCGGGGCCCUCCCACCAUGCAAGGCAACAUGAACCCCGGCGGCAUGGGCGGGGGCAUGAGCCAACCCAACAUGAGCGGGCAUGCUCCCAUGGGCAUGAACCAGCCGCCGCGGCCCCAAGCCAUGGGGCCCUUCGGGAGUCACGGGCAGAGGAUGCCCGUCCAAGGCUACCCGGGGCCCCGCCCACAGGGGAUGCCCAUGCAGGGCAUCAAGAGGCAGUACCCAGGGGAGAAUAACUACGGGGCCCAGCAGUAUGGCCCAAACAGCCAGUUCCCCAGCCAGCAGGGGCAGUACCCCAACCCCAACGCCUCCAGGCCGCUCCCCUCGCCCAACUACCCCGGCCAGAGGAUGCAGGGGCAGCCCAACCCGGGCCAGUACCCUCCACCCGGUGCAGCCAUGGGCCAGUAUUUUAAGCAGGAACCAUUUAAUGGGCAGAGUAAUAAUUUCGCUGGAAGUGGAUUCCAAUAUAGCCAAGGGAAUAUGAACGGAGCUCCUCGGCCGGUGGGUAACUACCCCCACUCACCAGUACCAGGCAACCCCACGCCCCCCAUGACCCCAGGAAGCAGUAUGCCGCCGUACCUGUCACCCGGCCAGGACGUGAAGCCGUUGUUCCCGCCAGAUAUCAAACCAAAUAUGAGCACACUGCCUCCCCCACCAGGGAAUCCUCACGAGGAGCUGCGUCUGACGUUCCCCGUGCGGGAUGGGGUGGUGCUGGAGCCCUUCCGACUGGAGCACAACCUGGCCGUCAGCAACCACGUGUUCCACCUGCGGCCCUCCGUGCACCAGACACUCAUGUGGAGGUCAGAUCUGGAGCUGCAGUUUAAGUGUUACCACCACGAGGACCGGCAGAUGAACACCAACUGGCCGGCGUCGGUGCAGGUGAGCGUCAACGCCACGCCCCUCACCAUCGAGAGGGGCGACAACAAGACGUCCCACAAGCCCCUGCACCUGAAGACAGUGUGCCAGCCGGGGAGGAACACCAUCCAGAUCACCGUCACUGCUUGCUGCUGUUCGCACCUGUUCGUCCUGCAGCUGGUGCAUCGGCCAUCAGUGCGCUCAGUCCUGCAGGGCCUGCUCAAGAAGAGGCUGCUGCCGGCUGAGCACUGCAUCACCAAAGUGAAGAGAAACUUCAGCAGCGUGGCGGCUUCGGCCGGGAACACCACGAUAAACGGAGAGGACGGCGUGGAGCAGACGGCCAUCAAAGUGUCUCUCAAGUGUCCGAUCACCUUCCGGCGGAUCCAGCUACCGGCGCGGGGCCACGACUGUAAACACGUACAGUGUUUUGACUUGGAGUCCUACUUGCAGUUGAAUUGUGAGCGAGGCACGUGGCGAUGUCCAGUAUGCAACAAAACUGCGUUAUUAGAAGGCCUGGAAGUCGACCAAUAUAUGUGGGGCGUCUUAAAUGCCAUACAAAACUCGGAGUUUGAAGAAGUCACCAUCGACCCCACGUGUAGCUGGCGGCCGGUGGCCAUUAAGUCCGAGAUGCACAUCAAGGAGGACCCGGACGGACCGCUGGCCAAGCGCUUCAAAACCAUGAGCCCCAGUCAGAUGAUAAUGCCCAACGUGAUGGAGAUGAUCGCCCAGCUGGGCCCGGGCCCGUCGCUCUACCCCAACAUGCCCUCGCAGCAGGGAGGAAACGGCGGGGAAUACGGCAACCAAGGCAACAAUUUCCCAGGGCACGGGAACUUUGACUUCCCCCACGGCAACGUCGGAGGCUCGUCGGUGAAUGACUUCAUACACGGACCCCCCCAGCUUUCCCAUCCGCCCGACAUGCCCAACUCACUCAUGGGCCCCGACAAGCCCCUCAGUCACGGCAUGCCCGACACAAAGCAGCACAUAGCAGUGGGGCGAAGUGGGAAUCUUCACCCUGCCACAUCGCUCUCCUUCCCUCAGGUACCUCAUUCUGUCAGCACUGACUCGCCCCACCACCCCAUGCAGCAGCAGCACAUGCACGGCCCACCGUCCCACCCAGGCGCCCCGUCGGGGCAGCCCCUCCACCACGGUGGUCCCAACCAGCCCGGCCGCCAGCAGCCUCCCCAGCAACCUCAAGCCCAACCCCAGCCUCACCCCCACUCCCAGUCCCAGGCCCCCCAGCAACGGCCCAACAGCCACCCGCACCCAGACCUUGGCUUCAACCCCUCGGGUGGCCUGGAUGGACAGUGUGGCGGGGUGGAUAUGCCCGAACCCUCCCUGGAUCUUCUUCCUGAACUUGCGAACCCUGACGACCUUUUGUCUUACCUGGACCCCCCAGAUCUACCCAGCAAUAGCAACGACGACCUUCUGUCUCUGUUUGAAAACAACUGAGGUGACGAACACUAAAAACAGUGGGGACUUGAUCAUGAUGAUGUGGACAAACACAGUUUGGGACAGCAACACAGUACUUGAUGAAAAACACAAAGAUGCACUCCCUCUCUUCUUCUUUCUCAUCGUGGACAGAUUUCACAGACAAGUACAGGUUGACUGAAUUGUUUUAUGAAAAAAGAAAGAAAGAAAGAAAGAACGAACGAAAGAAAGAAAGAAAGAAAGAAAGACAUACUAAAUGCAGCUGGCAUUUGCACUGGUGGCCAUAGAGCGAUACCCUGGAAAAAGACAGAAUGAAAAAAAAAAAAAACUGUGCAGCUAUCCUGGGUUAGUUUUUUAAAAGACACGUGGGAUCUCUGUGUGUGAACCUUCUCAAAAAUGUAGUAGCAUUUUUUUUUACACGGCUUUGUUUGAUCUGAAGAAGAUAAAGUAACUCAAUUUGUCAAAAAAAAGUCAAAAAACAGUCCAUUCUGGCCAGUGUGUGUCCUACCAUUUCUUGUUUUCUGUGUGUGAUACUCAGUAAAUCAUUGCGUCACUAAUGGUUUGUUCUCCAGUUUGACCAGUAGCACUGUUUGUUCCUAUAACAUCAUUUGAAAGCACAAGAGAGUGACGGUUUUAUGACAUACAAAUCAAAAAAGAACACAUCACAAAGGGAUGGAGGCUAUCAACCACAAUCAUCAAAAAAGGACCCUUGUUGUAAUCUCAUGCUUUUUCCAAAAUUCCAGAAUUAGUCCUCAUUGUUUCCAUCACGGUAAAACGUACUAACACUCGUGAGGGAUUGGGUAUUUAUGGUAUUGUGGCCAAGACCAAACCUUUUUUUACCAGAAUCGGCUUGAAUAAGGAAACUCUGUGAACCAAUAACGAGUGCACUAAGAUAUUGGUGCUUCUCAUUUGGCGUCCGGAGAUCUUCAGCAUAUCCAUCUUAUGACACUGACAUGUAGGCUAGAGUCAAAGGCAGUAAGAAUCUGGUGGUAUAGGCCUGGAGCUGUGGUGUCUAUCGUGCCACCAGGAGGCAGUACACAGAGCAGAAUUCAGAGAUAUGUACUGUAGGGUUUUGCAUGAGUGACCUGUGCUGUUAUUCACCGUAUCCUCAUGUUGACCCCCACUUGUAGUGUAAAGGCUGCCUUCACCCUCGGUCGCUCUCCAAUAUCGAGAGCCAAGGUGUGCGUGUGCCAAUGCUUAUGCCCUUGUGUGGUAACGUUCGACGUCUGAAAGGUUUCUUAUUUUCCUUGCCCCUUGACUUUCAAAUCACAUUUUUCUAGAAGGGAUACCUCUGACAUUCACAAGACAUUUUGUCUUAUUUUUUAAACUGUCUGUGGUAUUUUCGGGGAAAAAUCGCCACGAGAUCUUUUGUAAGUUGUUGCGACUUCUCACCUAUUCUGUGGGGAAUCUGUAUUUCGUCACCAAAGAUAGGGAGAGGCGACAGUUUGGUGUCUGUAUGCUAUACGGCGAAGGAUUGUGGGAUAUGGCUCGAAUCACCCAUGUUUUCCCCAGUUACAGGAGCCUGGGAGCUCACGUCUUGCCAUCGUUUAUUGUGUUCCAAAAUACACUAUAUGAGUAGAGUGCUGUCCAGUAUGCAAAUGUAUUAUUUUUUAAAAAGAAAGAAGCUAUUGUAAAUAUCCUUGUGAAUAUUUUUGUAUCGUCUUAGAUGAUAUUUGUCCUUUUUCCUUUUUUUUUUUCUUUCGUUUAAAACCGAUUGUCCAUGUUUGUCCGGCUCUGCGCCCAGUGGUCUGUCCUCAAAGCCCCGACCGCUGACUGUGGACCUUCAUAGGAUCAGUGGGCUCACACACAUCUCUCCUCAUAAGCUAUAACUCACAGGUCUGUCUGCUGCUUGUUCAGUCUCUCUCUCUCUCUUGGUGUGCGACGGCCCGAUCGCACGUGGGCCGCACAUUUUCCUGUCCAUCAGGGUCACUUGGUUCUCAGAUGGCGGCCGACCCUGGACUGGAUUUGGUCCCGUUUUGGUGCCAGUCUGUUUCAGAGCUAGCUGGCCAUCUCUGCCCAAUCACAAUAACUUCUGGAUUUUUGUUUUCCAGGUCCUGUUAAGCAAUAUUAAUGUCACAUGUUGUUAUGUUGUUCACUGUACUAUAGAUACAAAUACAUUAAUUAUAAACCCACUAGAGAACUAACAUUCUCAUUCCCACCUGAGUCCUCUACACGGUGGAUUGAGCAACCGAGAUAAGUGUAUCACACAAGGGGCUAUCGUUGUACUGAAGAGAAUGUGUGAAUAUCAGAAUUGUUCGUAAAAUGUCAAUAUGUACAAGUGGUAUUUUAAAAACUAUAUCACAGCCUUACAUGAAAUAAAUAUAUGAUAUUGUUUUUAUUUUUGUUAUAGAAAAUGCAGCUUUUGGAAAAGCUAAAGACCAUUUAAAAAAAUUUGUAUCCCAUUUGUUGGUUUCGUUUUUUUUCUCUUGAUUUUGGUUUGUGUUUUUGGUAAAUUAUUUUGUAUUGGUUUUAUUAUUGAAGUGUAAGGCUAGAAAGAUAAUUUCAUUUUAACAAUAUGUAGCCAUGUACUGAUUAAACACAAGAUCAUUUAAACAUGUUACUUCAAGCCGCAUAUGUGUGUAGAGAGCAAAUUUGUCUCGGUGCAAGAGAAACAUGAUUUAGGUAGCGUUCAAUAUCAACAUAGUCUCUGAAAAUCUGUGUAUUCUAUCAUUGAAAUGAGUCAUCUUGAGAACAUACAGCCACAUUUUGUUUUUAAUCAGUAUAUCAUCUGAUAUCUAUCAAACUAUAUAAUGAGAUAUCAUCGGAUCGAUCAUCAAUUUGUCAUUCACAUGAUGCUGUUGUUCACCAAGGCGAUUCAGUUCAAAAUCAUCUGGCCCUCCCUAGACUCCCAACCAAGAUAAUCUGCCACUAAAUUACAAUUCAAUUGCGUCGUGAAAAGGAAUCAUUUUAUUGUUUUCUAUUCAAGGGAAAGCCUUCAAUAUACUCCACAGACAACAGGAGAAUUUGGUGUCCACCUGGCCGGUUUAGUUGGGCCUCAGAGGACCAGCUAGGCCAUGAAACAGUUGACACCCAAAAGAUGCCUGUACAUAUGUAAAUGAGAGUAACGACUUGUUAACAGAAAUGUAUUCAUCUUAACUGGGAAUGUGCUUUGUUUCUUCAGAGUUAUUGAAAAAAAAGAAAGCUUGCCUGAAAGUUUUGUCAGCAUCUGUGGAUAGCUCUUGCCAUUUGUUUCACCUUUUGUGAUGUACUCUGACCUCUUUGGGCAGAGGAAAUUGGACAAAACUGUUUUACCUACAUAUAAUAUUUCGCCCAUGAGUACUAGCUGAUCACCUGCAUAUGUUAACGGGUGCUACAGGGCAAAAAAUAUAUAUGAAAAUAAUUAAGAAAUUAUUUGAGAAUGCUCAAACGUUUGGGAAAUAAAGGAAAUAUUGAGACGUAGACUAUAUGGAGGUUUUUUGGAAGAUUAUAACCAAAUUCAUAGUUUGUACACUUUUUUAUAUCAUGAUCUGAUAACAAAUUAAAUGGUACAAUCUAAGGUGAUUCACACAAAAAGUGGCCAUUGUCUUUAUGUUUGUACAUUGUAUGUACAAUCAUUUCAUACUUCAGAAAUAAAGAAGCUAAUUGUGGUUUUUAGUCUUGCAGAACUGUAUGUAGUUAGAUGAUGUGACAGCCUAAUAUUUAUCUAAUAAAUAUGUAUUCAGAUGAUACCUGUA